AUAUUACUCUCAUCUCAUACCCUUCAGAGUCCCCCUGUUUCUCACACGCUCUUCAAUGGAAGGAAAUGCUGAAAAAAUCCUUCUCUUUUCCUUCUUCACCAUUUUCUUCUCCUCCACCGUCACCUCCACCUCAAACUAUCUACAGUCACAAACCCUAGUUCUCAGCUCCCUCCCUAACCCAUCCACUUUCUCAUGGACCCAAUCCGACUCCCAGACUAACAUAAAUGAACUGACUGACUCUAAUGGGGAAUCCUCCAUCUUCCUGGACUUACACCACGUUGAUAAUCUAGUUUCAAUCACCCAAAACCUAGAUUCUUUAUCAUUAAAUGAAACUCAAACCUCUGAGAGUCUCUUUAAUCUUCGCCUCCGACGCGACUCCUUGCGUGUCAAAACCUUGAACAGCAUCAUUGAAUCUGCCGCACUUAAUGGUUCUGGUGCGCGUGGGAGCGGAGCUUUCAGCAGCUCCAUCAUAUCGGGACUUGCACAGGGCAGCGGCGAGUACUUCACGCGCAUCGGAGUCGGCACACCUCCCAAGUAUGUUUACAUGGUUCUAGACACAGGGAGUGAUGUUCUUUGGCUCCAGUGCGCCCCAUGUAGAAAUUGUUAUUCUCAAACCGACCCAAUAUUUGAACCACUUAAGUCCCGCUCAUAUUCUAAAGUACCUUGUGGUUCCCCCAUCUGCCGUCGCCUCGAAUCUUCCGGUUGUUCCACCAAAACGCACACGUGUCUCUACCAGGUGUCUUACGGUGACGGUUCUUUCACGGUUGGUGAGUUCUCCACAGAAACGCUGACGUUUCGCGGGAGCAAAGUUGGAAAAGUGGCUCUAGGUUGUGGACACGACAAUGAAGGUCUUUUUGUUGGUGCCGGAGGUUUAAUGGGACUCGGUCGUGGGACGCUAUCUUUUCCUGCUCAAACUGGUCGCCAGUUCAACGGAAAAUUUUCAUACUGUUUGGUUGAUCGCUCAACUUCUUCGAAGCCUUCCUCUAUGGUUUUCGGCAAUGCGGCUGUUUCACGAACCGCCCGCUUCACUCCUUUAGUCACAAACCCCAUGCUUGAUACUUUUUACUAUGUUGAACUCCUCGGGAUUAGUGUUGGCGGUGCCCGUGUCCCUGGCAUAGUCCCUUCUCUAUUCAAACUCGACGAAACUGGUAAUGGCGGAGUCAUCAUUGAUUCGGGCACGUCAGUGACCCGUUUGACUCAGCCGGCAUACAUCAGACUUCGUGAUGCUUUCCGAGUCGGAGCGUCGGGCUUAAAGCGUGGAGCGGACUUUUCGUUGUUCGAUACGUGUUUCGAUUUGUCGGGAAUGAAGGAAGUAAAAGUGCCCACAGUGGUGUUGCAUUUUAGAGGCGCUGACAUGUCACUGCCGGCUACUAAUUAUCUGAUUCCGGUGGAUUCUUCUGGGACUUUUUGCUUUGCCUUUGCCGGAACCAUGAAUAAGCUCUCAAUCAUAGGGAAUAUCCAACAACAGGGAUUCCGGGUUGUCUAUGAUUUGGCGGGUUCAAGGGUCGGGUUUGCACCACGUGGCUGUGCUUGAGUUUCCAUGCGCGUGGGUGUAGCUGUAAGGGAAAAUUCCCUUUCCUUGUGUGUGUGUGUUUUUUUUUCUUUUAAUUUUCCGAAGAUGAUAAAGGAAUCUUUCCUGGAUAUGAAUCGGAAAAUGGUGAUGGAUAAAAACUCAGAACACAGAGUCGGUGAAGUAGGAUUUUAAUUCAGGAGUUUGGUUAUUUAAAAUUUAUGAAUCUGCUUGAAGCUCUAAUACAUCAUUAAUAUGGAUAAUAAUACUAGUUAAAUCAAUCCAUUUCUUUAUCUCAA